AUGUACGACAAGAGGUUCCGGGAAUGGAAUGUGUUUAAAAAUGUCAAUAGCGAUGAAAAGGAAAGGCAUGCACGUCCUGGCCGAUUGCAUAGAUCCACUUCGCCUCAGAGGCACGCCCAUGCCUCACCGGCGGGACACCAACACCACGACAUAAAUAACAUGGAAACACUUCACUACACACAACCUCUGCUAUCACUACAUGAUAGUCAAAGGCGUUCACAACGGUCAACAAGCCCCUACACAGCCUUGUCCAUCAACAUAUCCACUCCAAGUACCAUGUCCAUGGGCAGAUCGCCAACGCCAGCACACCGACGAGCCAUGAGCCCACCAUUCACCCGAACAGGAUUGAGUAUAGCGGACCUCAUUAUAGAAACCGCCCCCCAGGCGAAGCAGAGAUCGGAGUCUCCCGCCGAGACCAUUGAGACAUGCUCGUCGCCAACCUUCUCUUCCUCGACGCCUGGUGGUCAAUCAUGCGCCACACCCGCAUCAAGCUGUGCUUGGUCAGAGGAUCAGAGCCAAGACAGGGACAAGCAAAUAGUCCACGCUGGGUCACCCAAUCCACAAAACCUUUCCAUCUUCAAGGCACAGAUCCGCGCACUUGCCGAGUCACCUCCACCGUUCAUCGGACCGGACUCCAGGACACGGACACUGGAUAUCAUCACCCUCGGCCUCCGCGACUACUAUGACUGGCAGAUACGCAACGUACCUGACGGCAUCGCACCUGAUGACUUCCUCGGACGAGGCACAACCGAUGCAUCACAGCAGUACUGGUCGUCCAUCAAGAACGCCAUCUACCUUAUCAAACUGUCGGCUAGUUCAGCGGAGUCAGAUGCCGCCCAACGACCCGAUGUCCGCGCAUGGCCAGCCCUGUCUGAAGCUGGCCGGGACGCCGCAGCCGCCAUGACCAGCCAACCCUUUGACUUCCUCCGAAACCUCUUCGCCACCCUCUCGCCUGCCAACGUGCGCGCCCGUCCCGAACUCCGGACCAUCCUGCUGCAGCUCCUGGCCAGCGAAGCUAACCACAACUUCUCCCCCACACAUCCCAUUGCCCGCAUCUGCACCGAACUCAACAACGACCAGGACUGUCAGGAGAUUUCCCGCCGCGCCUUGCAGUGCAUGGUGGACAUGUUCAGUCGUCUCGGCCAACGACGCUUCGUCUCCUUCAAGCUCCUCGACUCCCUAGCCACUCUCCUCCGUCGCAACGGCGAGUUUGAUGCGGCAAUGGCCAUUGUCACCGAGCUUUUCAAAGCCUGCCGGCAGGAAUUCGGCCCAUACUCCGAACAGACCCGUGCAGUUGAGAAUGAGCUGGCGCACUUCUACAUGGUCGUCGACGAUUGUGACCAAGCAUUGCAGCACUGCAUAGCUGUCAUUCGUCGCCCGCCACCCGAGGGCCUACUCAAUGACGCAAAGGUUGCGUUUCACCAAGACGGCAUUGCAGCGCACACGAUGGAAGACGUCGCGGAGAUCCAUGAAAGACGCGGUGAUUUGGAGCAAGCAAUUGUUUGGCUUGAGAGGGCAGCAGAUGUCGCGUUGAGGGUCUGGGGACCGCAGGCGGUAGCGACCGGACAUGUUGUUGACAAGCUCACGUCGUUGAAGAAGGAGUAUGCGAAUAACAUGCUGCAAAGUGCGAAGGAUUGGGAGGCUGUUAUUGAACGAUGA